AUGGAGGAAAGAGAUCCCAACGGCACCAAGGUGGCUCAGAGCCUCAUCACCCUGUUUUCUGGCAAAUUCCGCGACAUGCAAUACACUGUUCAUCCUGCCGGAUUGCCCGGCGAAGCACCUGGAAAAUCGAGCAAUGUCAGCUGGGCAGCGAAACAAGUCGAGCGAAAAUAUCUGAACAAUCCCAACUGGUCCAGCGUCCUGGUCACGGUAAUGGACAGCGACACUCAUCUUCUGAGUCAGUACUUCGAAACCGUCGUUGCCCACCACCUACGCCGCAGAAACGGAGGCAUGACCGACAUGACGCUGUACAUGCCUCCCAUUGUCUUCGACCGCAAUGCGCAUUUGGUGCCCCAGUUGGUGCGUGUAGCAGAUCUGAUGUGGGCUGGUGCUGGUCUCUCUUGCUUCACCAGCAAACCAACUCUGACCACCAUUGCCAUUCCGACCGCAGUCUAUACUGUUCCGCUUCCUCUCGUCUGCCUAGCAGGAGGCUGGGAUACCGGUUCAGAGGCGAUUGGUGAAGACAUGCAUAUGAUGUUGAAGUGUUAUUUUGCCACCAACGGCCGCCUGAUGAUCAGACCCAUCGCGAGCCCGGCAAGUCAAUGCAAUGUUACCACUGGAAAGCCAGGGAUUCGGGGCUGGUGGGCAGAUCACUCUGCUCGCUAUGCUCAAGGCCUUCGACAUAUGUGGGGAUGCCUUGACACCGGAUAUGCUGUGCGUCGGUGGUGUAACAUCUCCCUCGAUUACAAAGCCCAAGAGCAGGCUACUCCAGGCAGCUCGAGCAGCUCAGGCAGUUCCGUCGGCUCCGACCCCGAACGGCCUCGUCAUGUCGAGAUUCACUUGCAACUAAACCAACAUGCCCUUCAUGGCCCAAAGCUUCGAAGAUUUACCUGGCGGAACCUGAUCUUGUUCAGCCGGCUCUUUGAAGCGCACUUCUUACCUAUCCAUUUAUUCCUUGUACUCCUCGCGUCAGCCAUCUACGCGGCUCUACCAUAUCCACUGACAUCGUGCGCAUCACUGACAGUUGUCCUGGACCUAACCUCAUACCUCCGAGCCGCGAGUUUCUUUCUGAUGACGAUAUAUUUUGUCGUCUUCUAUGAAGCCUAUCAUCAAGCGUGUAUUUAUGCCAGAGCGAACGAGAUGAAGAAAGCCGGUCUGUAUGAGGAGCUGGCGGACGAGUUCUCCUACCGCAAGAGAUUGUCGGUUGUCUCAAUAAUGGACUACCUGCUCUUUCCGGUUGCGGGAACCUUGUUCGGAAGCGUGCCUCUGCUCCAAGCGAUAGUGUCGCACUUUUGGACGGAGAAGCUUGUGUAUCUCGUGAGCGCGAAACCUCUGAAGGCGAUUGCAACAGGCGUCCUUCACAUCCCCACCGACGAGUCAGACGCGAUACUGACGGAUGUGUGA